AGAAAAAGAAGAAGAAGAAGAAGAGAGAGAAACGAAAGCUUUCAUUUCAAAGCAAAAGAGAGAAGAAAUAAAGAGGGGAAUUCAAGGUUGAAAAAGCUUUUUUUUUAAUCUGUGUGAAGAAACUGGAGCUGGGCAAGAUGAUGCAGACUGAGCAGCCUCAGCAGAACAACAACCAGUUGACGGUUCAAAACUCUGGGAGUCUCAGUUUUAGCAGUGUUUUGUCAAAGGAAGAUGAGGAGAUCUCAAAAUCAGCUCUUUCCACUUUCAGAGCCAAAGAAGAAGAGAUUGAGAGGAAGAAGAUGGAGGUUAGAGAGAAAGUUCAACUUCAGUUAGGCCGUGUUGAAGAGGAAACUAAACGUUUGGCCAUGAUUCGUGAGGAGCUCGAAGCACUGGCAGAUCCCAUGAGAAAGGAAGUUGCUGUGGUGAGGAAGAAGAUCGAUGCAGUCAACAAAGAAUUGAAGCCAUUAGGGAAUACCUGCCAGAAAAAGGAAAGGGAAUACAAGGAAGCUCUCGAGGCGUUUAACGACAAGAACAAGGAAAAAGUACAGCUGAUCACGAAAUUAAUGGAGAUUGAACAGCUGGUGAGUGAAAGUGAAAGGUUGAGGAUGAAGAAGCUAGAAGAACUCAGCAAGAACAUAGAUUCAAUACAUUAAUCUAAGUCUCUCAAGUUAUGUUUUUAACUGACUAGGUUUGUGUGAUGUAUUUAAGGUUACUUCGAUAUUUACAUAUGGUUGUGUUACUGUUUUUUUUCUUUUUCUUUCGGGUUUGACGUUUUGUAUGGUGAAUCUUUGUUUUUUCAUUAGCAUUUGAUAAACCCUAGCUGAUUUAGAAAGGGAAAUACCCUAUAAACAGGUUUGUAACUAAAUGCAUCAUUGUGUCUGCAUUUUCUUCUCAGAUAUCUCAUGCUCAAUCUUUUGUA